CUGCUUUCUCUUUCCUUGUACAUUUCCAGCUGACAGCCUAGAGGGUGGGUGCUGGUUCCUCCAGUAGCUGCCACUGAAAAACAAGGUUCAGAAAUGUCAGAUAUCCUCCGAGAGCUGCUCUGUGUCUCAGAAAAAGCGGCCAACAUCGCCCGGGCAUGCAGGCAGCAAGAAGCCCUCUUCCAGCUGCUGAUUGAAGAAAAGAAGGAGGGAGAGAAGAACAAGAAGUUCGCCGUCGACUUCAAGACCCUGGCUGAUGUGCUGGUCCAGGAGGUUAUAAAACAGAAUAUGGAGGACAAGUUUCCAGGUUUGGGAAAAAAUAUUUUUGGAGAAGAAUCCAAUGACUUCACUAAUGACCUGGGGGAAAAGAUUACCUUGAGACUGUGCUCAACAGAGGAUGAAACAGCAGAGCUUCUUAGCAAAGUCCUUAAUGGCAACAAGCCAGCAUCUGAAGCAUUAGCCAGGGUUGUUCAUGAGGAUGUCACCUUUACGGACCCAACUCUGGAUGUGCUGGAGAUCAACAUUCCACAGGACAUUUUGGGGAUCUGGGUAGAUCCCAUAGAUUCAACUUACCAGUACAUAAAAGGUUCUGCUGACGUUAAAUCCAACCAGGGGAUCUUCCCCUGUGGACUUCAGUGCGUCACCAUUUUAAUUGGUGUCUAUGACAUCCAGACAGGAGUGCCUCUGAUGGGAGUCAUCAAUCAACCUUUUGCGUCACACGACCUCAACACCCUCAGGUGGAAAGGACAGUGCUACUGGGGCCUUUCUUACAUGGAGACCAACAUCCACUCGCUCCAGCUGGCCACCUCUCAGAGACACUGCAGUGACACUCCGGCCAAAAGCACCAGUGCCGAGGCGGACCCCUCCCCCCAGCUCUCAGCUGUCAUCAGCACAAGUGAAAAGGAGCCCAUCAAAGCUGCCUUGUCGCGUGUCUGUGGAGAUCGCCUAUUUGGGGCAGCCGGGGCCGGGUACAAGAGCCUUUGUGUGGUCCAAGGCCUCGCUGACAUUUACAUCUUUUCAGAAGACACCACGUUCAAGUGGGACUCUUGUGCCGCCCAUGCCAUCCUGAAGGCCAUGGGCGGGGGAAUGGUAGACUUGAAGGAAAGCUUAGAGAGAGAUCCAGAGACAGGGCUGGAGCUGCCUCAGUUGGUGUACCACGUGGGGAAUGAGGGUGCUGCUGGGGUCGACCGGUGGGCCAACAAGGGGGGACUUGUUGCCUACAGGUGCCGGAAGCAGCUGGAGACGUUCCUGCACCUCCUAGUGCAGAGCCUGGCCCCUGCAGAGACACAGACUUAGGUGCCCUCCAAUCCCAGGGCACGGAUCAGCUGAGGCUGGAAGCCGACUCCCGGGACCUCUGUUUGGGAAAGACAGCUUUUUGUUUGUUUUUGGUCCUAUCGCUGGUUCACAACCACCUUCCUCUUUUGAGGAAUAUUUGUUUCAUUAUGUGUUCAUAAUCAUGUUAAUUUCAAUAAAUGAAUGACAUUCAUGCAGCAAUUAA